UCUCUCUCUCUACAACCAGUUUCCUUCUCUCUCUAAACUUUCUCUCUCUCAAAAGACGUAGUCUUUCUCAUCUUCCCGUUCAACUGUCACUGAAAAGUACACUGACCCACAUUAACGAUCAAAGCUUUCUCUCUCCUCCAGGCCUUCCCGCUCUUUCUCUCUCUCUCUACAUUCCUUUUUCUCUCUCCUCCUCCCCUGUCCUUCUCUCUCCUCCGCCGUCUCCCUCCAGUUCGUUUCUCUCUCUAGUUCUGCAAGGGCCUACAGAAGAUAAACCUAUUAUUACUGGAAAACCCAUAUUUUGUCAUUCUCUUUCUCUCUCUAAACUCCGCUGUGCAUGGGGCCAAAUUUCUAAGUUUUCUCUGGUUUCCAUUUUCUCUCUCUUGAACUCUAAUCUCUGCUUACACGAACACCCAUCUCUCUCGGUAUAGAGCCCAGGUUCCCAGAGUUUUUCUUCUCUCCGAGUAAAAUUUCGUCUUUGGUCUACUAAAUCCGCUCUCUUUUCGUCUCUUACCUUCAUGCACUAGCAAUAGAGAGGGAACCGGGCUCUAAUGGCUCCUUCUUCCUCUUCUCUACCCAACAAGGUGGCGCCAGGUGACUCUAUUCUCGUCUACUGGGAUGGAGAUCGAAAGUGGUAUGGUGCAGAGGUUGUUUCAGUCCGUGAAAACCUGGAUUGUGAGGUGGUUUAUGAGGAUGGGGAAUCCGAGGUUUUGAACCUUGGAGAUGUGAAAUACAUGAUGAGGAAGUGGAAGUCUUCGACUAGAGAGAGAAAGAGCAGAAGGGGGGGAGACCAUGGCCUUCUCUCUGUUCAGGAAAUGCUUUUCAGCAUGGAGGAUAGGAUUCCACCAUCAGUUGCAUUUGAGAAAGAUCUAGGUUGGUGGAAACAAUGGCAUGAUAGAGUCUCGAAGGAUGUUAAAAGCAUGAAUAUUCGGGGGACCAUGAAUGCUGCUCUAGAAUUUGCAUUGCAAAUAAAACCAGAAAUUUUGUUGCCCUGGUGGGCCACGAAUAGUGAAGACUGGAAAAUGCGCUUGCGCACUGCCUCUACAGUUGCAGAAGCACAAUUAGUUGUUAGGGAUUUGCAGUUCAAGGCUAUUGAUUGGUUUCAUGCCAGGGAACUUUUUACACUUGACAUCACGAGAAGUGGGAAUGAAGCAAAUGGGACUCAAAACCCUGACCAUGGAGAUCCUUCUGAUGCUGUGGGUGUGAGUUGCAAGGCAUGUCCCCAAGACGGUGUGAAUGGGGAAAAGAAGCACCCCAAGUUGGAAAAUAAUGGUUUUCUGAAGAGUUGCUGUACUGCUGUAAGUGCCAUUGAUGUCAAUAUAGAACAUUUACCUAGGCUUUCUCCGAAGCGCUUGCGCAAUAAAGUUGUCGAACUUGGUGCAGUGGCUAGUCCCACUCGCCGAAGAUCCAUUAGGCUUCAAGGAAAGCUGCCCUUGACCGAAGGCCCAACCUCUCCUAAACGUAUACGAAAGGCAGAUACCCCAGAGAGCUCAAUUGCCUCAGAUUCAACUUCAUCUAGUGCAGUGGCAGAAAAUUGCUCAGAGUUAAGUGAGAUUCACGACCAUUCAGAUUCAGGAUGCUCAACUGAUGAUGAUCCUGGUCAGUUUCCAACUAGGGGACCACUAACGAGAUUAAGAUCUCUCAAAGGCCAUGAUAAGUCUAAGAACAAUAUGAGGAGGGGUAGUAGAUCUUGUGUUGUUAGAGCCUCCGAAUCUUUAGAUGGGACUGCUAUGAAGACCAAGCAAAGUCAACAACCAAGUAGGGGACCAGUGACGAGAUUAAGAUCUUGCAAAGGUGAGGAUAAGAUGAACAGAACUGUUGGGAAGAUCAACAGAUCUUGCAAUGUAAGAGCCCCCAAAUCUUUAGAUGGGAAUGCUGCGGAGACUUGUGGAAAUGAUGGAGGAGCUGAAGAGGUCAUCCCUACCAAUGAGACUACCCAUGAAUUUGCUGCCGGCAUUGCCUUUUCUGGAUCUUCUGAUGGUUUCAUUUGUUAUGUUUGUCAGAUUGAUGGGGGAAAUGAUCUCUUGCUUCUAUGCGAUGGGGACCGCUGUGAACUAUCAUUUCAUACCUUCUGCCUCUAUCCUCCCUUACCAGUGGUUCCUGAGGGAGAUUGGCUUUGCCCUCAUUGUGUUGCUUCUUCUUCAAUGUCAUUGGGUCAUCGUAGAUGUGCCAAACCCUUGAGCCGGCUGAAGAUCCAGAGUAUUGUUGGUCGAAAGAGAAAACUUGUUGACCCUAUGAAUAAUGUUAUUCAUGAUCUGUACUUGGUUAAGUGGAAGGGGUUUUCACACCAUCAUGAUACCUGGGUUCCAGCUGAUUGGAUUUCACAAGUGCAUCGUUUACGUGUGCAGAGCUUUCUACAGAAACGCUUAUUUAUGGAAGAUGGUUUCUUUUUGAUCGAUGAGCGUAAACCGGAGUGGUUUAAAAUUGACCGUGUUAUUGCAUGUCGGGAGAAGAGUAAUAAUAAUAUGCUAGACUUUGAUGAUACUUCUCAACAGUGUCAAAAUGGGGCUGGCGAGUAUGAAUUUUUGGUAAAGUGGAUGGGUUUGGAUUACUGUGAAGCAACUUGGGAGACUUCUUGCACUGAUGAGCUUUUGGCUCAGGCAGACAAGCUCGUGCAGAGACAUCGUAUAGCUAAUGAGAUAUGUGAACACCAUUCUUCUGGCUCUCACCUCAUUGCUUUUACUGAACAGCCUUGUUACUUAAAGGGUGGUAUUUUGCAUGAAUAUCAAGUUUUUGGACUCAAUUGGAUCCUAAGCAACUUCCUAGACAAGCGGAGUGUCAUCCUUGCUGAUGAUAUGGGUCUAGGGAAAACGGUUCAAGCAGUUUCAUUUAUUUAUUGCAUGAAGCAAGAGAGGCUUUGCAGUGAUCCUGUUCUUGUAAUCACCCCUAAAAGUGUUAUACCUCAUUGGGAGAAGGAGUUCCGAUCAUGGGCUGAAGAUCUAAAUGUUAUCGUUUAUCAAGGAGAAAGACAGUCUCGCAAGUAUAUUCGAGAACAUGAGUUCUACUCAUCUAAGAAAGGAGUUCUAUUUGACGCUUUAGUAACAAAUUACGAACUUAUUCUUCAGGAUAACACUAAGUUACGGAAGUUUCGGUGGUCAGCUAUCAUAGUUGACGAGGGUCACAAGCUGAAAAAUAUUGAUUGCAAGCUCACUACACUCCUCAAGAAUUAUGAUACAGAUUUUCGCUUGCUGUUGACUGGGACUCCACUCCAGAAUACAUUGUUUGAGCUUUUUGCAUUGCUCAAUUUUCUUGAUCCGAGAGAAUUCCCUGACUCCAGGACAGACUAUAGUUCUUAUGCAUCCAUUGGCUUGGACAUUGAAGAAGGUGUUCCUUGUGAUUCUGUUGCAAACAUAUCUAAAGUUCAAGAUCUGUUGAGAAAAAGGGUGUUAAGAAGGGUCAAAUCAGAUGUUCUUCGUGAAAUGCUUCCUCCUAAGAAGUGGGUCAGAGUUCCUUGUGCCCUUUCUAAAUUUCAGAGAGAUAUCUAUGCUAACUUGUUGAAGAAGAACUAUAAAACAUUCUAUAAGGAAUUCAAUGGAAGAAGGAUAGCCAUGACUAGCCUGCUUAUGGACUUGAGGAAGUGCUGCAAUCACCCAUAUCUCUUUCCAGGGCAGGAAUCUCUCAAGUCAUCUAGAGAUGAAACUUUCCACUCACUUGUAGAAGCCUCUGGAAAGCUUCAACUGUUGGAGAAGUUGCUUCCAAAAUUCAAAGAAAGAGGCGAGCGUGUGUUGAUUUUCUCCCAAAUGACUAAGGUGCUUGAUAUUUUGGAGGACUUCUUAUUUUGCCUUGGUUUUACAUAUUUUAGGAUUGAUGGACAAACCUCAGCAUCUGCACGGCAUCAACAGAUACAAGAGUUCAACAAACCUGAAACUCCUGUCUUCAUUUUUCUUAUAUCCACCCGUGCUGGCGGUUUGGGUAUCAGUUUGCCAGCCGCAAAUAGGGUCAUCAUAUACGAUCCAGAUUUCAACCCCUUUGUUGAUUUGCAAGCACAAUCGAGAGCUCAUAGGAUCGGGCAAGUGAGACCUGUUGUAGUUUACCAACUGAUAACUUUAGGCUCUGUUGAGGAGAAAAUAUUGGAGAGAGCAAAGAUGAAGUUGGUGAUUGAGAAUCUAGUAAUGAAUCGCAACCCCAAGUUAAAUGUGAAAGAGCUACAUACAAUACUGCUACAUGGAGCUCGGAAAAUUCUUAGUAAGCAAAGCUUGGGGUCAACAUCUAUCACUUAUGAUGAAGAAGCAAUAGCCACCCUCCUCGGCAUGAAUCCGUUGGCUGAUGAGAAAUGUGGAGUGGAUGAUAAUGGAUAUCUUGGCAGCAUCAUGCCUGAGAGCUUUGGGCCAACAGGGCAGAAUGAACAAAUGAAUUUGCCCCCAAAAGCUAAUGAGUGGGAAGAGAUUAUUGGACAUCCCAUUGAUGAUUUACGUAGUGAAGGUCUUGGUAGGGGGAAGAGACAAAAGAAGGCUGUGACUUAUGAAUGCGAUGAGGUUUCUGAUAGUGAUGAGCAAUACUCCCCAAAUACUGAUGAUGAUGGUUAUGAUGAUAAUGAAGACGAUGACGACACGUCCAUGGCCAGUGAUGAUGCUCUGGUUAAGGAAAUUACCAAGAAAAAUACACCUCAGUAUAACGAGAAUUGUGGAAUUUAGUUCCUACUAUUUGUCAUUCUCCUGGCAUUGUACAUGUUGUAGAUGAAAGUAACAAAAAAAGGUCACUGUAUUGUCAUCCAUGGAAAAUGUUUGACGGAAAAUUGACUGUCCUUAUCUUUUUGUAGACAAAGUUUUGUGUUGCAAUGAAAUUCAUUUGUAACAUUGACGAUCUGUAUUAAUUGGAAGCACGUGUUCCAUGGUAGUGUUUU